AUGAAGGUACGACAAAAUAAAAAAAAACAACGCAAAAAAAACGUUGCGCUCGAGCAAGGACUCAUUUUCUGCCUCUUCUUCUACACCCACACGCACACACACACACACGCCCACAUACAGUACUUUGUUGCCAUUGCUCUGCUGUUUGCCGCCGCUCAAGCUGUGCCGAUUGAGCUGGGUCACUAUGGUCCAUCGUUGUUGCAGGUGCAUCAUGCCCCAGUGCUGGCCCAUGCUGUGCAUGCGGAGCCGGUGGCCUACCCUAAAUACUCCUUCAACUAUGGCAUCAAGGAUCCCCAUACCGGCGAUAUCAAGUCUCAGGCUGAGGAGCGUGAUGGUGAUGUUGUGAAGGGCCAAUACUCGCUGGUCGAGCCCGAUGGCUCUGUGCGCACCGUGGACUACACCGCCGAUGAUCAUAACGGUUUCAAUGCCGUCGUCCACAAGACCGCACCCAAGAUCAUCGCCCAUGCGCCCGUCGUGCACGCUCCGGUGCUGUCACAUGGCCCACUGCUGCACCACUACUAA